AUGUUCAGAAAGCUCCGGAGAUGUCUAUUUGACAUUUUGCUAGCAUCCGGGAUCUGUUACGGCACACAUACGCGGCGAUCAAAUUUAUGGAGACACGUUGUCAAAGUAGCUUUUCUCAUAAUUCUAUGGCUUCUCUUAGUCGCUGCAGUCGUUUAUUACGAAGUCAGAGAAGACAUCAAUGGGCAACUCUCUCCAGGUCCACGGGAAAACAAAAAUGAAGCAGCGAACGGCCGACUUCGGGCGUCUAAUAUCCCACGCAAGAUAUGGCAAAUGUAUUUGACACCACCAGACCGUGAUGCCAGUGAAAGCAAUUUCAAAGUUGAUACCAAAAAUCUUGAGGAUACGGUUUCAUGGUUGGCUCACAACGUCGAUUACGAAUACUGUUUGGUCGGGAAUGAAAAAUACGAGAAAAUAGUCGAUCGACAUUUUAAAAGAGACCAAAGUUCUCGGGCAAUUUUCAAAACACUCGGCAAUUAUGGAAUGAAGUCCGAUUUGUUCAGAUAUCUCAUCCUCUUUGAGGAAGGUGGGGUUUAUUCUGAUAUCGAUACGAUUAAUCUCAAGUCAGUGGAGCUUUGGAUCCCUGAGAAGUAUCGAAAAGAUGCUCGAAUCCUGAUAGGAAUUGAAUUUGAUCGUCUUGAUGGAGGUGAUUGGAGUGAGGUUCAUUCAGACCUGCAAUUUUGUCAAUGGACUAUUGCUGCAGCUCCUGGACAUAUUCUUUUCAAACAUAUGAUACAAUGGAGCCUUUCGGCUCUCAACAAAUACGCCGUCGAUAAGGGGAUCGCAUUUACUGAUAUGAAGGUCAGUUCAUCCGAAGUUAUGAGAUUGACUGGCCCAGCUGCCUGGACGGAUGCCGUCUUCAGGCAGCUACAAUAUUAUGAUGACGAGCUUACCACCUUGAGGAAUCUGAGUGGACUGUCCGAGCCGAGACUCAUAGGGGAUAUUUUGAUUUUGCCAAUCGACGGCUUUGGAAUGGGUCAAAGUCAUUCAAACAGUACUCAUGAUGGAUCAAUUCCGGAAGGAGCUUUGGUGCAACAUGGAUUUCGAGGCUUAUGGAAGCAUGAAAGCAAAAAGAGAUACGUUACAUGA